CGUCACCGCACCUGCUGGCACCACCUUGGCUGAGGCUAACGAGGUCCUUCGUAGCUCCAAGAAGGGAAAGCUGCCCAUCGUCGAUGAGAACGGCAGCCUCGUCUCUCUUCUCUCUCGCAGUGAUCUGAUGAAGAACCUUCACUACCCUCUUGCUUCUAAGUUGCCCGCCUCUAAGCAGCUGAUCUGUGCUGCUGCUAUUGGCACCCGCGAGGAGGACAAGCACCGACUGAAGCUCCUCGUCGAAGCUGGUCUUGACAUUGUCAUCCUCGACAGCAGUCAAGGCAACAGUAUGUAUCAGAUCGAGAUGAUCAAAUACAUUAAGAAGACGUACCCUGAAAUUGAUGUCAUUGGCGGAAACGUCGUGACUCGGGACCAAGCCGCGGCUCUGAUCGCUGCUGGUGUUGAUGGCCUGAGAAUUGGCAUGGGCAGCGGCAGUGCUUGUAUCACACAGGAGGUCAUGGCUGUCGGCCGUCCCCAGGCUCUCUCCGUUCGCCGCGUCACCCAAUUUGCGGCUCGCUUUGGCGUCCCAUGUAUCGCUGACGGUGGGAUCCAGAAUGUUGGUCACAUUGUCAAGGGUCUCGCUAUGGGCGCCACUACCGUCAUGAUGGGCGGUCUCCUCGCCGGUACCACCGAGUCUCCCGGUGAGUACUUUGUCAGCAACGAAGGCCAGCUCGUGAAAGCCUACCGUGGUAUGGGCAGUAUUGCCGCCAUGGAGGAUAAGAAGGCUGGCGGCAACGGCAAGGACAGCAAGGCGAGUAACGCUGGAACCGCCCGCUACUUCUCCGAGAAGGACCGCGUCCUCGUUGCCCAGGGCGUCGCCGGUUCCGUCCUCGACCGUGGCUCGGUCACCAAGUUCGUCCCUUACCUUGUCGCCGGUGUCCAGCACUCUCUGCAGGAUAUUGGUGUCUCCAGUCUUCAGCAGCUUCACGAAGGCGUUAACAACGGCACUGUCCGCUUUGAGGUGCGUAGUGCGAGCGCCAUGGCCGAGGGUAACGUCCAUGGCCUGCACAGCUACGACAAGAAGCUCUACUCUUAAGUGUAACAUCUUGAGUAGUUGGCUUUCUUUUCGUUUCUUGUGUCCCAAUUCUUGCUUUUCAUUAAUCAUGACGACAUGUUAUUUCCAUGAACUCGAAAAGUAUGGCAUGAGGUUUUAGGAGUUAGACGGAAUAUAUAUCUGCUUGUUCUUCGAUCAUCAUAGGUUUUUGCUUUUGUUCACAUAGACAUAACAACGCAGAAAAACACCCAUAUAUAAAGCCCCUGCGUCUUACUACUCUA